ACAAAAAAAUGGACUUAUUUGUAAUGGUAGUAGGAGCAUCAGGGAUUGGCGACGGGGGUGAGAAGGAAUACAACUACAAGGUGAGAGCUUGGACAAACGAAGAAUAUUCAUGCCAAACAAAGAUUGUGACAACUAACGCAGAUCCUGAGUUCCGUGAGGUUCUGCAUCUUCCUCAACACAGGGCUGCAUCGUUUCUCAAUUUAGAGCUGUUCAGCGUAAAUUCAACUGACACAGACGGGUUUUUCAUUGGGAGAGCAAACACAGCCUUGCCCAUGAAGACAAAUACUAAUGUCUAUCGUAAGGUCAAACUUGAGAAUUUGGAUACCAGUGGAAAUAUCGUUACUGUUGGUUAUCUUGAAGUGUAUCUUGGCCUCGAGACUGGUUAAUAAUAAUAAUGUUUCUAACGUUAUGUUUGCAUAAAAACAAUAAAAAAAGUAUACAAAUAUAUGAAUUACAUUUUAGUAAGUGCUUG